GUCAUCAAAGAGGCUCCCUACAGAUUGCCCAUCAUGUGCUAUGCUCACGUGGCAGCAUUUGAAUGGUCAAAAUAGAGUGGAGUGAAAACAUUUUAUUGAUUGAAUGGAGUUGCAUUGUGUGCCUGCCUGAAAGCUAAUUAUCUCGUGAACUCGAGAAUAAUGUUUUUUUUUAAAUCUUGUUAAGUAAAGCUCUGACAGGCGGGCAUGCAGCGGUGAGAUGUACUCACGAGACUCAAAGGCUUCCGUCCAUACUAACGCUGACGUGGCACGGUCACAUGUAAAACCGUCUUAUGGCAGGAUAAAACACAUGUUUUGGAGAUAUGAUGACACCGGUAUGGCGCUGAAGGAGAAAAGUACUGUUUUGGUUCUGAAGGAGAGUUGAAGAUGCUGAGUACGACGCUGACGCUGAUUUACAAUGAAUAAAAGUCAUAACGGCAAUGGAUGCAUAGAUCUGGUAAGGUUAGCCUGGGUAAUAGCAGUUUCUUUAGGAGCGGAAACACAGUGGUCCCUUCAGGAGAGAGAGCGAGAGACUGGGCAGUGGAUAUGUUAUUUUAAAUGCCAAUAUCAAUAUUGACUGUGGUGGAAUGUCCUGUGGCCAGGAGGGAUGCAUACUCAAGACUGGGCUGACCUGGUUUCACACAGUCUUCUCUUUGUGUUGCCCUCACGACACCCACACAACUCCUCCACAGGACUGGUUUUGGAGUGCCCUGUCCAAACUGCCAGAAUGCUGUUAAGAAUCUCCAUGAUCUCAGCUCUUCUUACAUACUUCCUGCUGUUUGGUUUUGCUCUUGAACGUGAAAAGCAAAGGGAUGGAGGGGUAAAGAAGGUCGGAGAUGUCAUUGAAGUAAAAAAGGAUUUGAAGGUGGGAAAAGACAAUAAAGGAAAGAAGAAGAAGAUUGAAGGUGUUGUUGAGGUCAAAAGAGAUCCAACAGUGGGAAACAACAAGAAGGGAAAGAAGCUGACCCAAAACGAAAAGGUCAAAGGGAAGGAGACAGGAAGUCCAAAAAGGGACAAGGAGUUAAGGAACGACACUGUCUGCUCCAGCAUCGGUGGCAUCUGCCAACGCAGUUCCUACGUCUGUCAGGGGAGGUACCUGAAGGACAAGUGUGCUGCACCUAAGACACACCAGUGCUGUAUGCCAGCCGGUGCUUGGAGCGUCCUGUGUGCCGGUCACCAUAACAACAGAGUGAGGGGUUGUGACUUGUUUGGCUGUGGGGGCUUCAACUCUAGAAGAGAUGAUGGCAGCCUCCACAAGACAGUGGAUGUGGUGUGUGACGAUUACAGCAUUGUCAACGCCCCCUUCUCAGGUACCCUGAGGGGGCCAGUGGUGGGUAUCCAGUACGAUGGCGUUAAACUUACCAACUCCGAGUACUGUGUGAAGAUCUUCAACAUCCGUCCGUACCGCUACAUGGGGCCCAUCUCUCAGGGAGAGGCCCUGGGUUACCUGCUGCCCCUACAGGAGCGCUUCUCUGGCAUCACUUCACACAUGGAGCUGCAGAUGUGUGACCGCUCCGACCCAUCACCAUACAUCUGAACACUCCUGGGCCACAUGUGACAGGCCUCUAUAGACUGAGGCUGGGGACACAGAUACUUUUCUGAACCCCAAAUACUGAUUUCCCUAAUAUGUGAUGGAGAAAAAAAAAACUCUCUAUAUAUAAACUACAACCAUAUUUCUCUUGGUAUUCGUCUCUAUGGUCCUCCCAUGUGAGUGAAUAGGCCAGGUACAACUGCAAUUCUCCUUUGCACCAACAGAGGGCAUUAAACUACAAAAUGUUCCUAGAUGCAGUAUUCAUAAUGUACCACAUGAUGAUGCUACAUCUCAACACAAACCUCUGUGUUGGGCUGAAAAUGUAUCACAAAAACAGCUCAUCCAUGCCAGCUUCAAUUAAAGUGUGUGUAGGGCCUUCUAUUUGGAUGGCACUCUUAAGAUAACAAAAAAAGAAGGCAAACACAGUGGACAAGCAGUACUACAACCCCCUUAAUUGUGUGUUUUUCAGCUAAUUUUAACAUUUGUGUCUUUCUAAAUGUAUCUGUGUUUUUCCAUAUAUGAAUGUAGUGCAUGUUCAAUUAAAAAGGCUAUUAUAAACUGGUUACUGAAGUAAUUAAAGCAGUA